CUGACUUAUGACACCUCUAAGCUCUCAUGGGGUUUUCUUGGCAAGAUUUGUUCAGAGAGCAGUUGCUCUUGCCAGCCUCAGAGGCUGAGAGAGUGCAACUUUUGCCCAAGAGCCCUCCAAGUGGGUUUCCAUGGUCAAGCCAGGAUUCGAACCCUGGCCUUCAGAGUCGCAGUCCAAGAGUCAAAGCACUGUGCUGGCUUGCAAACAAAAAAGUCUAUGCGGCCUUGCCCUUCUCCAGGAAACUCUGCUAUGCCAUCGGGGGUGCCCCCUACCAGCUCACGGGAAAUGCCCUGGGGUUCUUCUUCCAGAUCUUCUUGCUGGAUGUUGUGCAGCUGGAACCGAUCCAUGCAUCGCUGAUCCUUUUCCUUGGGAGAGCCUGGGACGCCAUGGCGGAUCCUGUGGUCGGAACCCUGGUCAGCCGGAGCCCCCGGAGGAAAUGGGGCAAACUGAUCCCCUGGACUGUUUCUGCCAUGCCUUUUGGGAUUUUCUUCUACAUCAUGCUCUGGUUCGUCCCGUCCAAUUCCCUCUCUGUGUCACUGAAGUUCUUUUGGCAUUUGGUCAUGUACUGCUUCUUCCAGACAUCCAUGAGUGUAAGGACUUAUACAUGCUAUCACGUCCCUUAUUCCUCCUUGACCAUGUUCCUGGGAGGGAGCCAGGCAGACCGGGACUCAGCCACAUCCUACCGGAUGAGUGUGGAGGUGCUGAGCACACUGCUGGGAUCGAGCAUCCAAGGCCAAAUCGUGGGCAGCCACCAUGCCGUUUUGAGGAAGAGCUGCAAUGUGGGGAACAGCACCUUGGGAAACAACACAGCUCUGCUCUCUGAGACCUUGGAGAAUACACGCAGGGCCUAUCUGGUUGCCUCCUUUGUGCUCGGCUCCAUUUAUUGCUUCUCCUGCUUCGUCCUCUUCUUGGGAGUGAAAGAACGGGCAGAUCCAUCCAGCUCUUUGGAGAAGACCAGGCACUCUUUUUGGGGGAAUCUGCACAUGCUCUUGGGCUACAAGCCCUACAACCGGCUCCUUUGUGGGUUCUUGCUUGCAUCGCUUGCUUUUCAGCUCAUCCAGGGAAUCUUUGCCCUCUUCUGCACUUACGUAUCAGGAUUGGCUGGGAGAUUCCAACACCUGGUGCUCAUCAUGUUGGUGGUUACCUGCCUUUCCAUACGCAUUUGGCAGUGCUUUCUGGAAAAGUUUGGGAAGAAGACAGCGGUCUUUGUAGGCCUGUCGCUGAUCAUCCCGGCCCUCAUUGUUAUCACGGUUGGGAGCCACAGUUUCCUGCUCUACAGCUUCAUGGUCGCAAUGGCAGGAAGCAGCCUGGCUGUUCUGUAUUUGUUGCCAUGGUCCAUGCUUCCUGAUGCGGUGGAUGAUUUCAAGCUGAGGAACCCAGCCUGCCUGGACCCAGAACCUCUUUUUUAUUCAUUCUACAUUUUCGUCAACAAGUUCGCUGGCGGACUUUCUCUUGGCAUUUCCACUAUGAGCUUACACUUUGCAGGUUACAGAGCCACAGACUGCACCCACAACCCCAAAGUCAUGCUCACGCUGCAGAUCCUCAUGGCCCCGGUCCCCAUUGCUCUGAUGCUCUUGGCCAUGGCUGUGUUCUGUUCCUACCCCAUCAAUGAAGAGAGGAGGAAACAGAUUAAAAUGGAAAAGGAGCCGGCAUCAACUUGGAAGGAACACUCAGAAUCAAAAGCAAUUUACUGUAAGCACCGGAGAGAAGAAAGGAAUUCAUUUGCUUCUUGCUGUGAAGGAGAAAUUUGAACUAUUAUGGCAGGCAGUCACUGACUCCUUCUUGCCUGAGAUUUUAGCAUUACAAUCGCUGUUUCCUUUGCCAUUGAAAAGGCCCUAGAGAAGACUCUUGAUGCCAAAGAUCUGUAUCCCACGGGCUCCCUGUCUUUUGGAGAUCUCUUUCACAAGUCAAGCUUAUCCUUGCUGGACCAAAGAUACAAGAAGGAGCUGUUGGGUUCAGAAAUUCAGAGGACUUUGUUUCCCCAGAAGAGCAGUUCAGCAGUGAGAACAAGCUGGUGGUUUUGGAUUCCCCUUUCCAUGGAGAGAAAUCAGGCAGGAUUCCUUGCAUUGGCACCAUCUAGAUUGAGUGGGCAAUUGUGACAGGCCCAGGGGCCAUUUUUAUGCCCUGUCACUCUCUUGAUCUGUCGCGGUUGUUGUAGUUGUGUGCCUUCAAGUCAUUUCCAACUUAUGGUGACUCUAAGGUGAACCUAUCACAGCAUUUUCUUGGCAAGUUUCUUCAGAGGAGGUUUGCCAUUGCCAUCCUCUGAGACUGAGAGAGUGUAACUUGCCCAGGGUUGCUCAUUGGGUUUCAUGGCUGAGCCAAGAUUUGAAUCCUGGUCUCCAGAGUCAAAGGCUCAAACCACCACACCACACUGGGUCUCUCUCAUGGGCUGCCAAGGAAUAAACCAAAAAUACAAAGCGGUCAACAGUCCUCUUCCGGUUUGUUACCCAAAGAUAGGUUGCCGGGACUAGGGCUCCCCACCAACGGUCAGGGUUACUUCAAACGUUCAGGAAAUUAGCUUUGUAAGAGGCUUGAGUAACCUUUGGGCCAUUUGCACCAGUUUACAGCAGUACUAACUGAGGAGGACUCCAGGUUUUAGGUGAAUUAGGAGAGUUUUUAGUUAGAAAAAUCUCACAUGCAGAGACAGUAGCGAUUCAUACAGACACAGCAUUCAGAGCUAACUGAAAUAGAAAUAUGUAAAGGGACAGCAGAGUUUUAGGGCUUUUGGAGUUUACCUGACUGAUGGGAAGACAGUGCGAAGCUGGCGUGGAAUCUCUCAGACUGGGAUGCCUGAGGGCAACACAGAACAUAUGCAAAGGAGUAUGCUAGCUGUGUGCACAGAGACUAUGUUCUCGGAACCAAUAUUUAUACCUAAAAAGUAGCCCCAAGCACAGGCUAUCUGUUCAGGUAACAAAGGCUGGAUGUCUUUUCCUGCCUUUUGAUGGCUUUAAUUUUAUAGUGUGUCAAAACCAGUGACUGGAUCAGGACAUCCCCAAGAUGAAUGGAUGGGGAAGUUUGGCUAGGGACACAACAGGGGACAGGCAGAGAAGUUGGCUUACAGCUUUGGGUGCAAGGAGACCCUUUGUCUCAGUUUGCAAGAGGAAAUGCAGAUUAUUUGGGGAGAAGGAAGGACUUAAUUCAUGCAUUUAGAUUUGAUAGUCUUGUUUACCUGGAUGCACACAUGCCUUGAGACAUGUUCCCUUUCUCCUGGGAAUCUGAGCCAAUGCUCCUGAAAAGUCACUGAUCUCUCAAAAACAUGCUGUCUCCAAAUAUGAGAUUUGUGUCUUGCUGGAAGAUGGCCCUAAGCCCAUGCUACAUAGUGGUGCUCCAUGGACUGGUGCUAGUCCAUGAACCAUCAGCUACUGGUCCUGAGAGGGAUGGAAAGAAGGAAGGGAGGGAGGGAGGAAGGAGAGAAAGAAAGAAAGAAAAGUAGAGCUGUAGUCAAUGGGCCUGCUCUCUGGCAUACUGAAGGGAAAAAUCCCUGGCACAUUGAAGGGGGAAAUUCCCAUCCCCUACCUCUGACAGUUUAAGAAGUAUUGCUGUAGGCAACUAUUUUGCCACUGUGUGAAGAGGCUCAUGGCUUAGAUUGGGUCUGAUUUCCAGCAUCCCAUUCUCCCAACAACCUCCAGGUGACCCACCUCUGCUUGUGUGGCUACCAGCACUAACAUCCUUCAUGCCUCUUGGCAACAGAAUCUCAUACUUGUGUGUCUAUUUUGGUAACUGCUUCUAUAGUUGCCAUGCAUACCGAUAGCUUUACCUGUAUUUUAGCUAGAGGGUGAGCCAACCUAGAUGGUAAACCAGUCUGUUGAGAAUUGUAAUGUGACUGAACCACACUGAGUAUAAUGUGUGGUGCUUUCUGAAUGAGCAAAAAAGUUGAACUUGUAAAAAAUAUGUAUUUUGUUAAAUUACUUACCUGGGAGGCUGGUGAACUUUAAAGCAAACCUGCAUCCAGUGCCAGCUUUAUUUUUGCAAAAUAACAUAGAAAUGAAAUGUAGCCACUAGGAGAAAAGAGGAAAGAAAAGAAAAUGAAACUGGGUCUAGGGAACAGGAGGGCUGAUGUACUUUGCUGCCUGUAUUCCGUAUUGUGUGGAUUUCCACGGUUGGCAUAUUUGUUAGUAUGGUUGCAUGUGCUUUGUUUAUUUUGGUGUGUGCAUUUUGGGUACAUGGAGAAUGUCUCUGUGUAUUUCAGGUAUCUUGGAGGCGUUAGCAUGUGCAUGUAUUUCUUCGUGUACCUCGUUUGCCAUCUUUGAAAUAGGUAUUUUGGGCCCCAUACCCAGUUACAGAUAAAUCAGUGUGUGAUGGAUCGAUUUUCCCCCAUUGCAUUUUCUGUCAUUUUCUGGCAUCAAAAUAACUCACUUGUGCUUCGCAUUCACAAUGAAUCGAUCCAGAAUGAUUUGGUUCCAGCCAGCUGAAGGGCAAAUUUGAAUCAAUUCUGAUCUGCUUGUGGUUCACACUUGCGCAGAAUCAAUUUAUCGAAAAGACACGGAAAAAAUCAGCAUCAAAAAGGUUUAAUGGCUCUGGUGCAUGGCCUCCCUUGUCAAAUGGCUCAGCAAUUUGGUUUAAGUGGGAACCAGGAUCGUUUGAACUAGUUCAAACCGAAUUGCAAUCCAGUUUAAAAAGUAGUGGGAAUGCGACCUUUAGGUAUUAUACUGGAACAUCCUUAUGGAGUUUAUCACAUGAGGGGAAAUUGGGACUUUAAACAGUGAUUAAACUGAAAAAAUGGUGUAAUUGACGUUAAAAUGCAAUUAAAAAGAGAGUAACACAAGAGCCAUUGUCCUGUGAAUAACUAGGCAACAAACAGCAAAAAGUAAUUCACCAGAAAAUCCCAAGACUUUUUCUUGCCUGGUUAUUCAUGAGUUAAUGGCACUUUAAUCAUGUUUCACCUUGACGUCUUGUAAAAACCAUUAGUGCAAUUGUGUGAUAAUAAUGGCUUACUCACGGGAUAAUAUUGCUUUGAACACUACAUCGAGUGAAAACUUUUACUGCAAUUGUGCGAUAAUAAUGGAUUAAUCACUGUUUAUACUUCCAAUUGUCUCCGUGUGAUAAACUCCACGUAUGUCUUAGUAUUUCAAGCUCAGCCCCCACUUCAGCCUUGUAUUCAGUUUCUUGAGCAAAUUACUUGCCUAUGAACCUCCUCAUCCGUUUUCCUUUGGGGGAAUGGGUGCUGGCUCACCCACCUGUAUGGGUACAAAAAGCACUUCUGCAUUUUGGAGUGCAGAACUCUCCUCUACCUUGUGUUUAGAUUUUUAGAACUGGUUGCUUUUAAAUUGUCUACACUGAAGGUGCCGUUUAUAAUUGAAUGCUGAAUUUUGCCAUUGUAUAUCACACAAACUGCCUCUGGGGAAGAGCGUAAGCUGUGAAAAGGGAACUGAAAAAAACACACCA